UUUUUUUUCGUCUACAAAAAAAAAAGAUCAUGUCCCCCGCCAUCAACGGUGUCGGCCCUGCCGAGGCCCUCGACUACAAGUCUGCCCUCGAAAUCCUCCAGAACGAGUACCCCGAGCGCGACGGUAUCGAUGUCCAGACUCUCGUUGACUCCAAGCUCAACGGCGGUCUUACCUACAAUGACUUCCUGAUCCUGCCUGGCUACAUCGGCUUCCCUGCCAAUGAAGUCAACCUCGAGACCCCGGUGACCAAGCGCAUCUCCCUGAAGACGCCCUUCCUCUCCUCGCCCAUGGACACGGUCACCGAGCACGAGAUGGCCAUCUACAUUGCUCUGCUGGGCGGUCUCGGUGUUAUCCACCACAACUGCUCUCCCGACGAGCAGGCUGAGAUGGUCCGCAAGGUCAAGCGCUUUGAGAACGGCUUCAUCCUCGACCCCGUCUGCAUUCCCCCCACCAUGACUGUUGGUGAGGUCAAGGCUCUGAGGCAGAAGUGCGGCUACGGCGGUUUCCCCGUCACUGAGUCUGGUUCUCUUAACUCUAAGCUCAUCGGUAUCAUCACCAACCGCGACAUCCAGUUCCACAACAAGCACGAUGACACUGUCACCACUGUCAUGUCCAAGGAUCUGGUCACCGCCCGCCGGGGUAUCUCCCUUGAGGACGCCAACGAUCUCGUCCGCAGCUCCAAGAAGGGCAAGCUGCCCAUCGUUGAUGAGAACGGCAACCUGACUGCUCUUGUCUCCCGCUCCGACUUGAUGAAGAACCUGAACUACCCUCUUGCCUCUAAGCUUCCCGAUUCCAAGCAGCUUAUCUCCGCUGCUGCUAUUGGUACCCGUCCUGAGGACAAGAUUCGUCUUCAGAAGCUUGUCGAUGCUGGUCUUGACAUUGUCAUUCUUGACAGCUCUCAGGGUAACUCCAUGUACCAGAUCGAGAUGAUCAAGUUCAUCAAGGAGACCUACCCUGGCCUGGACGUCAUCGGUGGCAACGUCGUCACUCGCGAGCAGGCUGCUGGUUUGAUUGCUGCUGGCGCCGACGGUCUCCGUAUCGGUAUGGGUAGCGGUUCUGCCUGCAUCACCCAGGAGGUCAUGGCUGUCGGUCGCCCCCAAGCUGCUGCCGUCUUCAACGUUACCUCGUUCGCUGCCCGCUUCGGCGUCCCCUGCAUUGCGGACGGUGGUAUCCAGAACGUCGGCCACAUUGUCAAGGGUCUUGCCCUUGGUGCCUCUACCGUCAUGAUGGGCGGUCUGCUCGCCGGUACCACCGAGUCUCCCGGUGAGUCCUUCGUUUCCCGCGAGGGUCAGCUCGUCAAAGCCUACCGUGGCAUGGGCUCCAUCGAUGCAAUGGAGGACAAGAAGGCCGCCGGUGGCGGCAAGGACUCCAAGGCCAGCAACGCUGGUACUGCUCGCUACUUUUCUGAGGGUGACCGUCUCCUUGUUGCCCAGGGUGUGUCCGGUUCCGUGCUUGAUCGCGGUUCCAUCACCAAGUUCGUUCCUUACCUCAUGGCUGGUGUCCAGCACUCUCUCCAGGACAUUGGCUGCACGAGCCUGACUGAGAUGCGUGGCAAUGUUCUGGAGGGCAAGGUCCGCUUCGAGCUCAGGACUGCCUCUGCCCAGCUUGAGGGCAACGUGCACGGCUUGCACAGCUACGACAAGAAGCUCUACUCUUAGAUGUGGUUAUGAUGACAAAACAAAAGUGGCUUUGUCUUCUUGGAGACGGGAGUUUGGGAAUUACCUGGUUGGGUUAUAUGAAACGCGGCGUUUUACGUUCAUAGCAGACAAUGCAAUAGCGCAUGACUGGAAUUGGAGACCUAUUCAUACUAGGCG